AUGUUAUCUCUACCUGUGUCUAUAAAUAGGUGCCAACAAAAGGAAGAGCUACCAAGUACCAACACAAAUCAUAUUGACGUCGACAAUAGAGAAAUCAUCAUGUUGUAUUGCUUCGAAUGCCGCUUCCAAACCGACGUGGUGUUCGACCACUCUACCGGCGACGCAGUGUGCAACAACUGCGGAUUAGUGCUCGAGUCCAACUACAUCGAGGAGACCAACGAGUGGCGAACCUUCGCCGACGCCGACGACAAUUCUCACGACCCUAUCCGUGUAGGUGCAGCCACCAACCCGCUGUUGUCCUGUGGCGGACUGUCCACCGUCAUGGCCAAACCCAGUGGAAAAGUCCUCCAUGCUCCGAUUAGGGAUCCAGACCAAGGAUUGAUGAUGGCCUUUAAAACCAUCGAGACCAUGUGUGACAGGUUAGGGCUUGUUUCAACCAUCAAGAACCGGGCAAAUGAGAUGUACAAGACUCUUGAAGAUCAAAAGUGUAGCAAGGGAGGAAGAAACCAAGAUGCAUUAUUGGCCGCUUGCCUAUACAUUGCAUGUAAACAAGAAGACAAGCCUAGAACUCUCAAGGAAAUCUUUUCCAUCGCAAAUGGAGCCACAAAGAAAGAGAUUGGAAGAGCAAAGGAAUACAUAAUGAAGCAACUCAAGUUAUCGGAGAAGACACUACAAGAAGCACAGAGUAACGGGGACUAUAUGAGGCGAUUCUGCUCCGCUCUUGGCCUGAACAAUCAAGCAAUCAAAGCAGCUCAAGAAGCUGUGCUCAAGUCGCAAGAGUUUGAUAUAAGGAGGAGUCCUGUAUCGAUAGCCGCAGCAGUGAUUUACAUGAUCACUCAGCUUUCAGAUGAUAGUAAAAAGAUGCCUCUCAAAGAUAUCAUAGACGUUACAGGAGUAGCACCAGCAACUAUCAAAAACUCAUACAAAGACCUUAGUCCUCAUGUUUCUGAAAUAAUACCCAACUGGUAUUUUCUAUAUUUGUCAAGCUGA